AUGUCCAUCUCCCCAAGUGGGCGCGAUGUCGUUCUUGCUUCUCGCAAGGGAUUGCUCGUGGUAGACCUCGACAACCCCUAUGAGCUUCCACGUAGCCUACUCUACAGAACGGCAUGGAAUGUCGCUGAUGUGCAAUGGAACGUUCACAGCCAUCGCACGCACUGGGUUGCGUCGACUGCAAAUCAGUCAUUGCUUGUUUGGAAUUUAGAGAUGCCGUCGUCUCAAGCUGUAGAACAUGUCCUGAAAGGCCAUACGCGUGCCAUUACAGACAUCAAUUGGUCUGCCCAUCAUCCAGAGAUUCUCGCUUCAUGCUCCGUUGAUGCGUUUGUGCAUUGCUGGGAUUUGCGAGAUCCUCGAAAACCCGUCAAUGCAUUCAGUGAUUGGAAGGCAGGCGCAACGCAAGUCAAAUGGAACAGACAAAAUGAACACAUCAUUGCCUCCUCACAUGGCCGCUUCCUGCGCAUCUGGGAUGAUCGACGAGGUGCAACACCAUUGCAAAGUAUCGAGGUGGCUCAACACUCCACCAAAAUCUAUGGUGUUGACUUCAAUCGGACGCGCGAGUCUGGCGUCAUUACCUGUGCUCUUGAUCAGAGUGUCAAGUUUUGGGAUUACAAGACCAACAUCAAGGAGCCUGAACAAAUCAUUCGUACAACUACGCCUGUUUGGCGAGCAAGACAUACGCCCAUGGGCUGGGGUGUCUUGACAUUACCACAGCGAGGGGAUAACACGCUAUACUUAUGGGACCGGCGCGGGAAAGGACUCAAUCCACAACCGCCUGUGCAUGAAUUCAAAGGCCACACAGAUCAAGUCAAGGAAUUCCUCUGGCGUGCAAAAGGCGACGUUGCGGUUAUGGCCUGUUGCGCCGGAUGUGCUCGAAUCCAUUGGUCAUGA